CACAAAUGCAUGCAGCCGGGCUACAAGGGAGGGGCAAUCUCGUCCGCCCUCCCACCUCCGCCAGUCAGCUACCUCUACCUCCCGCAUGGGCAUGGCAUCGGCAUUGGCAUGCGCCCCCCACCUCAGCUACCACCCCCUCCCUGCUGCUUCCACAAACUAACAGGAGCAUCCCUUUCAUUCCUUGCCAUAUAGAUAGAUGCCUGCUCUGCAUCCAUCCUCAGAUCCCCUCGCCUCCUAAUAAUAGUAGUCUUCGAUCUGCUUGGAUUCCUUUAGCUGGCGUAGCUUGUUGCAGACACGCACCACCACCAAAGCUAGCUCUAGCCAACAUGGAGAACAGCAAGAGCACUAGUAGUAGCAGCAGCAGCAGGGGAGGAGAGGAGUCCAACAAGGUGCCCCUGCUCCAACCGAGAGCGGCAGACGACCACCAUGGAGGCAGCAGAAGCUUCAUCAGCAAGGAUGAUGAUGAACAGCAGGUGGAAGAAGAGUCGUCGUCGCUGGGGCGGCGCGCGUGGGAGGAGAACAAGAAGCUGUGGGUGGUGGCGGGGCCCUCAAUCUUCACCCGCUUCUCCUCCUUCGGCCUCACCGUCAUCAGCCAGGCCUUCGUCGGCCACAUCGGCUCCACCGAGCUCGCUGCAUACGCCCUCGUCUCAACCGUCCUCAUGCGAUUCAGCAACGGCAUCCUGCUGGGCAUGGCGAGCGCGCUGGAGACGCUGUGCGGCCAGUCCUACGGCGCCAAGCAGUACCACAUGCUCGGCAUCUACCUGCAGCGCUCCUGGAUCAUCCUCUUCGCCUGCUCCGUCGUCCUGCUCCCCGUCUACCUCUUCACCGAGCCCAUGCUCGUCGCCCUGGGCCAGGACCCCAAGAUCUCCGCCGUCGCCGGCACCAUCUCCCUCUGGUACAUCCCUGUCAUGUUCUCCUACGUCUGGUCCUUCACGCUCCAGAUGUACCUCCAGGCGCAGAGCAAGAACAUGAUCAUCACCUACCUUGCCAUGCUCAACCUCGCCCUCCAUCUCACCCUCUCCUGGCUCAUGACCGUCAAGUUCCAGCUCGGCCUGGCAGGGGUCAUGGGCUCCAUGAUCAUCGCCAUGUGGAUCCCCGUGUUUGGCCAGCUUGCCUUUGUCUUCUUCGGGGGUUGCCCUCUCACAUGGACCGGGUUCUCGUCUGCUGCGUUCACUGACCUCGGUGCCAUCAUCAAGCUCUCGCUAUCUUCUGGUGUCAUGCUCUGUUUGGAAUUGUGGUACAACACCAUAUUGGUGCUCCUCACAGGGUAUAUGAAGAAUGCAGAGGUUGCACUUGACGCCCUUUCAAUAUGCCUUAAUAUCAAUGGUUGGGAGAUGAUGAUUUCUGUCGGAUUUUUGGCUGCAACAGGAGUGCGAGUGGCAAAUGAGCUUGGAGCUGGAAGUGCAAGAAGGGCCAAGUUUGCGAUAUACAAUGUCGUCAUCACGUCUUUCUUGAUCGGAUUUGUGUUAUUUGUGCUCUUCCUUUUCUUCCGUGGAAGCCUUGCCUACAUUUUUACUGAGAGUCGAGCAGUGGCCGAUGCUGUUGCUGACCUCUCGCCUCUGCUAGCCUUCUCCAUAUUGUUAAACAGUGUUCAACCAGUGCUAUCAGGUGUUGCUGUUGGUGCUGGCUGGCAAAGUGUAGUUGCCUACGUUAACAUUACAUCAUACUACUUGAUUGGCAUCCCUCUUGGAGGAGUCCUAGGCUAUGUAGUGGGACUUCAUGUAAAGGGCAUUUGGAUUGGCAUGCUGCUCGGAACACUGGUCCAAACUAUUGUGCUUCUGUUCAUAACAUUAAAGACCGACUGGGAAAAACAGGUGGCGAAUGCUCAAGAGAAAUUGAAGAGAUGGUACAUGGAAGAGAACAGAAGGCUGCAGGGCUCAAGGGGAAAUCCUUGAACCGGAAGUGGACCUUUGUGGGUUCUCCAAAAAAAUAUUUGAAGGGCAUCGAGACCCAAUGGCACACAAACAUACCUUCUCAGUUCUCACAUCUCAAGAACGAAAUGAGGGAACUUUAGCCUAUCCAGAAAAUGUGUUCACCUCCUCAAACCAAGAACGAAAUCCAUUGUUAGCAGUAGCGAACAUCAAGUAGAAACGCACUGCAUCAAUUGCCAACAGGAUGGCAUAUGUACGUGAGCCUGUGUUGGCUGGCCGUGAGUUUGGCGAGACUGUUUCUCUGCAUCGAUUUUGGAUUUUGGGGGUAUGCUAAUGUCGGUCCCAUCAAAGCCCUGUUUGGACCUUUGGGGCAUUUGUGCUGAUUUUGUGUGUAAAUUUGCGCAUAUAACUAGUUCCAGAUGUGCACCUAUUGGGUUCUUGUCGAUCUAUCAUGUUGAAUA